UUGCAGUACACACAGAGAAUAUCAACACAAUAACCCUCUAUGGUUAAGCGUAGACUGGAAUAUAUUACAAAAAAAUCUAUAAAUGCUCAAUAACGAAUAAAGCACCUGUAGCACAUAACAUACAUUUAACAGGAAAUAAAAACGGUAGUUAACUGGAUUAUACCAGACGGACGAUAAGAAAUAUGACAACCCUCAAGCUUGCACCAUUUAGGUCACUAGAAGACUUCGCCACAGACACAGCUCGAUUUGAAUCUCCAGAGUUUACCAAUACUGAAAAAUGGGGAAACAGGGUGCUGAAUAAUCUACUGUACUAUCAAACAAACUACUUCCUUAUUCUUACAAUUCUGGUUUCUAUAGUUGGAUUAGUAUACCCAUGGUGCUUAAUAUGGGGAGUCAUCAGUGUUGGGGCAGCGUUUGGGGCAUACAUAUUCACAGUACACCCAGCCCCCACCCUACAGAACCUCAGGAGAGAUUACCCAUAUGGCAGCCUCGUUCUGAUUGUCAUCGCAGCUAUAGUAUUAUUCACAUCAGUGUGGAAUGUCAUUGGACUGAUGGUGACCAUUUUCAUUCCUACACUAGGUUGUUUGAUACAUGCUUCAUAUCGUCUCCGAAGCCUCAAGAACAAAAUGUUCAAUAAAUUGGAUCAAGGACACAAUACACCUAUGGUCUUAUUGCUCCAAACUCUUGGCUUGAAAGUUAAAGGUUUAGCCGUUCCACCAGAGCUAAGAACCAAAAUAGAUGAAAAUUAUGAAUCUACAAAGCACAGUAUGGAUGAAGCAGAAGAUGAGGUAAAUACAACAUCCCAGGGUGUGACAGAUGCUUUAGAUAAAGUACGCUCAGCAAUAAGUGAAGGGGCUGAUAAAAUUAAAGAAGCAAUGGAAUAAAUGUUGAAUGGACUUGACUGUGAAUGGAACAUAUGCAAUUCAUGGUAAAAAUGCAGCCAAUGGUAAAAAUACAGUAAAAUGCAAUGAAAUAAAUGCAGCCAAAAUGCAGAUGGUAGAAAUGCAGAAUGAUAUGACGAAACAAAUGCAGUCGAUGAUAAAAUAGAAAUAAAUACAGCGAAAACAACAAAUGUGGCCAUAUUCAAUGACAUGAAUGAAGAAAUUGAAACUAUCAAAAUCAAGGAAAUAUUAACAAACUAUCGAUGGAUGUAACAGUGAAUUGUUAGAAACUUGAGCGACUCCAGGGAGCAGAACUACACAUCAUACUUGCCAUAAUGUUACAAAUAUAACAACUCAACGUGUACAUAUAAAGUAAUACAUAGUCAUCAUGGAAUGAAAUACAUGUGACAAGACAACUUAACAAAAUAUCACCACCUAGUUUAAUUUACUCAUCUAACCGUAUGUUUAAGAAACCAUACCUUGACAUUCAGGUUUUAGAGAUAUGUGGACUGUUAUGAAACAAGGCAGUAACAUGACAGAUUGUUACAGAUACCAAACGUUAUUGCAAAUUGUUACAGAUGUCAACCUCAAACCACUGAAGACCAUCCACAGAAAAAGUUGGAGACUAUAACAAUAUGUCAACACUUCUGGUGGUGACAUAAAA